ACGAAAAUACAUCAAAAAAAUAUGUUAUUGCACAAGUAUUAUAAGUAAAACAAAGCAAGCUAUAUUAUAAACUAUUCCGUACUGUUUUCACUAAAGAGUUUUAAAGGAAGCACAGCGGAGAUGAAAACAAAAGGCUACGAAUAAAUAUACAAAAUAAAAAAUUUUGUGCCUCUGUGGACUGGUAUUGUAUAAAAAAAGACUCCAAACGUUGAACAAAAAAGUUUAAUGAAAAAUUGAAAAUGGCGUUCCAAAUGUUGAGCUCCUUUUUACCCCACAUAAAUAGAAUUUUUUUACAUAAAUUUAUAAAAUAGUAUAUAAUAAAAAGUGUGAUAUUUUUAACUACAUACAACAUAGAGUUUAAUAAAGUAGAAAAUUAAGAAAUUUUAAGUGCGAUAUUAAGUGGUACAUGUGUAUGAUUAUUGUACUCUUGAAUGGGGAUGAAAUGUUUAUCGAACAGGGAAAGCAUAUUAUAUGAAAAACAAUUAAAAAUUUAAUAAAUUUGCCAUACUAAAUCCUAAUAUUUAUAAAACUGCUUAGAAAAUGCCCAGCGCUUCAUUUACAUCGUCGCGCUCCUAUGUGCGCCGUUCCAGACGAAAAGGUGCCAAUCGUAUUGCAUUACCAAAUCGCCCUACAGGUAAUAUAAUGGAUCCAAUGUUGCAAAAUAUACCUGCCUCUGGUGCAGCCUCUAGUUCUAGUUCGACACUACAAAAUAAUAAUCCAGCGAAUUCAAACAAUGCAUGUGUUGCAUCUUCAACCAUGGUGUCGUGCUCUUCAUCUAUAGUUCCAAAUUCUUCAUUAGUUGCGGUAUCAACUCCAUCGAAUUCAGUGUUAACAAACUCAACAGGAGCAGGAUCAGUGUCGUCUGAGUUAUUUAAUGCAUCAACGAGGACUUGCUCACAAUCGUCAAGUGAAAUUGGAGUCCUAUGUAACUUUGGAUCCUCAUCAAGUAGUAGCAGUAUUGGUUUAUCAGUUUCGAACCAAAACAAUAUUCCUAGUAUAUCGAAUUUUAAUUCUUCCGUUUCGAAUUUUGCAAAUUCGCAAAUAAUUGAUUCCGAUGCUGGUAGCAGUAGUAGUUGUACAGGUUUAUCAAAUGUUAAUUCAACUGGUAAUGUUACCAUGAUUUCAAACAAUGGAGUUUGUAAUUCAUCAACAUCUUCCGCUGCUUCAAUAGGAUUUUGCCAUCAAUCUCCGUAUGAUUUGCGACGUAAAAUACCUGCCACUAACCAUGAGCAAUGGUGCAAUUCAAAUACAACUGCAUCAUCAAGUUGCUCCAAUGCUUUAUCACAUACAGGAAUUUUAACAGGUACUUGCAGCACAAUAUCAUCUUCCAUCUGUACUUCACCGCCUACGAUAAAUGUUACAUCAACAUCCUCUGCUUCGGCAUCGUCAUCCUCAGCAAUAGUACAUGCUCCUUCCACUAGUGCUACAUUUCCUGUUAAUAAUGCUCACACAACUGGUGCACCUCUAGCUCCACCACCAACUGUUCAUAGUUCUGUACCCCAGCAACAUUGUAGUGCUUUACCAAUAGGUGGAGCUGCAGCCAUAGAAGAUAACAAUUUUAUGUUGCCUGCGCGUAAACGUUCCCGAAGGUUAUAUGCACAAAGUGCAGAUAUCGCAAAUGUUACAAUAGGCACAAGUAACUGUACUCAAGUGGGUCCAACAGCAGCACAAUAUCUACAAUAUGAAAUGCCAGAUGAGGUGCUUUUGGUAAUAUUUUCAUAUCUAAUGGAGCAGGAUUUAUGUCGAUUAUCACUGGUCUGCAAACGUUUUAAUACAAUAGCAAACGAUACUGAGUUAUGGAAACGUUUGUAUCAAUCAGUAUUUGAAUAUGAUAUGCCUCUAUUUAAUCCAGAACUAUGUAAAUUUGUAUUUGAGAAACCUGAAGAAAUUGAAUAUACUAAUCCAUGGAAGGAGAGUUUUAGGCAGCUUUAUAGAGGCGUUCAUGUACGUCCUGGUUAUCAGGAUAAAAAAUAUUCAGGACGUAAUAUUGUGUUUUUUAACACAAUUCAAGCAGCUCUGGAUUAUCCAGAAGAACGCGCUGCUGCUGCAGCUGCAGCAGUUACACCAGGAGGAGGUGUAACAGCGGGUCUUUCUAAUCCUACAGGUAGUGCGAGCGUGAAUGCGUUAGCUAAUUUAUAUGAAGACAAUGUGCCACCGAAUGAGCACCCAGGACCAUUAAUUUUCCUGCACACUGGUCAUUAUAAAGGAGAAUACCUUUUUAUUGAUUCCGAUGUAGCACUUAUUGGUGCUGCCCCGGGUAAUGUUGCAGAAUCCGUUAUUCUGGAACGUGAAGCCGGUUCCACAGUUAUGUUUGUAGAAGGUGCUAAAUAUGCCUAUGUUGGAUACCUAACACUGAAGUUCUCUCCUGAUGUAACAUCUACUGUGUCACAUCACAAACAUUACUGUUUGGAUAUUGGAGAAAAUUGCUCACCUACGGUAGAUAAUUGCAUAAUCCGCAGUUCUUCAGUGGUAGGAGCGGCUGUAUGUGUCGGUGGUGUAAAUGCGAAUCCUGUUAUAAGGAAUUGUGACAUAAGCGACUGUGAAAAUGUAGGAUUAUACGUAACUGAUUAUGCUCAGGGCACUUAUGAACACAAUGAAAUUAGUCGAAAUGCAUUGGCAGGUAUUUGGGUUAAAAAUUAUGCCAGUCCAAUAAUGAGAGAAAAUCAUAUCCAUCACGGUCGUGAUGUGGGUAUUUUUACAUUUGAAAAUGGAAUGGGAUAUUUUGAAAAGAAUGAUAUACAUAACAACAGAAUAGCCGGCUUUGAAGUGAAAGCUGGCGCAAAUCCUACUGUUGUUAAGUGUGAAAUACAUCAUGGACAAACUGGUGGCAUAUAUGUACAUGAAAAUGGAUUGGGCCAAUUUAUUGAAAAUCGAAUUCAUUCAAAUAAUUUUGCAGGCGUAUGGAUCACAUCAAAUAGUAAUCCAACUAUACGAAAAAAUGAAAUUUAUAACGGUCAUCAAGGUGGUGUAUAUAUAUUUGGCGAGGGACGAGGAUUAAUAGAACAUAACAAUAUAUAUGGGAAUGCUUUGGCUGGUAUACAAAUACGAACAAAUAGUGAUCCGAUCGUUAGGCAUAAUAAAAUACAUCAUGGGCAACACGGUGGAAUAUAUGUACAUGAAAAAGGUCAAGGUUUAAUUGAAGAGAAUGAAGUAUAUUCGAAUACGCUAGCCGGCGUAUGGAUAACAACUGGAAGCACCCCUGUAUUAAGAAGAAAUCGAAUUCAUUCUGGUAAACAGGUUGGAGUUUACUUUUAUGAUAAUGGACAUGGAAAAUUAGAGGAUAAUGAUAUAUUCAAUCAUUUAUAUUCUGGCGUACAAAUACGAACUGGUAGUAAUCCAGUUAUACGUGGUAAUAAGAUUUGGGGUGGUCAAAAUGGUGGUGUGCUUGUCUACAAUGGCGGGCUUGGCCUUCUUGAGCAAAAUGAAAUAUUUGAUAACGCUAUGGCGGGAGUUUGGAUUAAAACAGAUUCGAACCCAACUUUGCGAAGGAAUAAAAUCUAUGAUGGUCGCGAUGGUGGAAUUUGUAUAUUCAACGGAGGUAAAGGCAUUUUAGAGGAGAAUGAUAUAUUCCGCAAUACUCAAGCUGGGGUGCUUAUCUCAACGCAAUCACAUCCCAUAUUACGAAGGAAUCGUAUUUAUGAUGGCCAAGCUGCAGGUGUAGAAAUCACUAAUAACGCUACUGCCACGUUAGAACACAAUCAAAUAUUCAAAAAUAAAUUUGGUGGUUUGUGUUUAGCAAGUGGAGUGCAGCCAAUAACGCGUGGCAAUAAUAUUUUUAAUAAUGAAGAUGAAGUGGAAAAGGCCGUUUCGGGAGGUCAAUGCUUAUACAAAAUAAGUAGUUAUACUUCAUUUCCAAUGCACGAUUUCUAUCGCUGUCAAACAUGUAACACUACAGAUCGUAAUGCAAUUUGUGUUAAUUGCAUUAAAAAUUGUCACGCAGGACAUGAUGUGGAGUUUAUACGUCAUGAUAGGUUUUUCUGUGAUUGUGGUGCUGGCACUUUAUCGAAUCAGUGUCAAUUGCAAGGUGAGCCCACACAGGAUACGGACACUUUAUAUGAUUCGGCAGCGCCUAUGGAAUCACACACACUUAUGGUGAAUUAAAUUUCAAUUUACAGCAAAUAAUUUAUAACUUCAUUUAGGAUGGAAAUAUUUUUUAAUUAAAAUAAGUAAAAAAAAACACAAUUUAUAUAUUAUGCUACUAACACUAUAUACGUAAUUACAUAAUUAGUCGUACUGAUCAUUAGUAUAUAUGCAAUAUUUUGAAAUAUUAAUUACUUUCUAUUAUGUUCGUAUUAAUAAUAAAAUGCAAAAUCUA